GCUGAGGCCUUACCCCAACCCCCCAAAGCACAUGGGUCUGACACAGGGUGGCCCAAGGUCCAGCAGUGGACGUGGGAGACACGUUAGGGCCUUUCACGCAGCAUGUCCCCUUACAACCUGCCUUCCAGGGAAAACCACACUGAUCAAGGCCCUGACGGGAGACCCUGCCAUCCAGCCCCGGGAUCAGCUGUUUGCAACACUGGACAUCACAGUCCACGCUGGGUCGCUGCCCUCCCGCAUGACUGUCCUGUACAUGGACACCAUCGGCUUCCUCUCCCAGCUGCCCCACGGCCUGAUCGAGUCCUUUUCUGCCACGCUGGAGGAUGUGGCCCAUUCGGAUGUGAUUGUCCAUGUGAGAGACGUGAGUCACCCUGAGACCGAGCUGCAGAAAGCCAGCGUCCUGUCCACGCUGCGAGGCCUGCGCCUGCCUGCGCCGCUGCUGGACUCCAUGGUGGAGGU